AUGCCAGAGAGGCUAGCUGUCCAUUUGAGGGACAACUUGGUGAAUUUCUCGGCCUUUGAUGGGGGGACUUCCAGGAUUGGAAUGUCGCCAGGCCGCAGCCCUAAUGGCCAACUUCGACCCCAGACUGGGAAAAAUGGCUGCCGAGGAUGGAGCAUUUCUUCGGCCAGCAAUGGAAGGAUCAAGGUAUCUACCACUUGA